AUGUAACUUCCAUGAGACCCCAAAACUGCCGAGGCACACAUUAUGUACCCCACGAUUCAUUGAAUGCCGCCAUUUCCCUCGCUGAUACGAAUAACCGAAUGGAAGUCACUCAACUUCUCAAAACCUCGGAUUGGCGUUCCACACCUAGGCCAACGCCCGUCGACGGCACAAGGGGGCGAUGGCGUCUAUGCUGGAGUUCCGGACCCCCGGAUUCAAUCCGUACGCGGUCAAAUACUCGCCCUACUACGAUUCGCGACUCGCCGUCGCCGCGUCGGCCAACUAUGGCAUCGUGGGCAACGGUCGACUCUUCGUGCUUGGCCUGGGUCCAGGGGGCAUUCAAGCCGAGAAGACCUUCGACACAAACGAUGCUCUCUACGACCUUGCCUGGUCCGAGAUUAACGAGAACCAGCUCAUUGUUGCCGGCGGUGAUGGUUCGCUCAAGCUGUUUGACAUAACAACACCCGACGAAUUCCCCGUCAUGAACUUCCACGAGCACAAGCGGGAGGCCUUCUCCGUGUGUUGGAACCCAAUCGCCAAGGAUACCUUCAUCUCCAGUUCCUGGGACGGGACCGUCAAAAUCUGGUCUCCGUCUCGCCCAUCAUCCCUCAAAACCCUCCCAAUCGGCAAUUGCGCCUACUCAGCCUGCUUCUCCCCCACCAACCCGAGCAUCAUCUCGUGCGUCUCGUCCGACUCACACCUCCGCAUCUUCGACCUGCGCACCCCGGUCUCGGCCAAGUACCACCUCGUCUCGCUCAUCCCGGUGCACGGGGUCCCCGAGCCACAACAACCACCGCCGGUGCUCUCUAACGGCGAGCGGUUCCUGUCGCAGCCCUCCGAGGUCCUGACGCACGACUGGAACAAGUACCGCGACACGGUGGUGGCGACGGGCGGCGUCGACCGACACGUGCGCGUGCUGGACGUGCGCAACCCGCGCGGCGGGCCCCUCUCGGUCCUACUGGGCCACGAGUACGCGGUGCGCCGGCUCGCCUGGAGCCCCAACGCCAGCGACGUCUUGGCCAGCGCCAGCUACGACAUGACGGUGCGAGUGUGGUCCGACGGCCUGAUGAUGCCGAAUGCGCCUCCUCCGCCGCUGCCGGAACAGAAACCGCCCGUCAUCGCCAUGGGCACUCAGCUCGGCGUCAUGAACCGUCACUCCGAGUUCGCCACGGGCGUCGAUUGGUGUCUGUUUGGCACGGGCGGCUGGCUCGCCUCGGCCGGCUGGGACCAGCGGGUACUGGUUUGGGAUGCGCAUACCUUGCUGCGUGGCUGA